GUCGGCCAUUUUGGAUAUUUGUAAAAAUGAAAAAUGUCGUUCGAGGCUGUUUCAGCGGCAGAAAUAAAUAUCGAAGGCAUUCCAGGUUUUGCCCAGUAUGUAGCUUCAAACACAAAUCAUCAAGAUGGCGGUGUGCAAGCAGUCACUGAUGUUGGCCAGUCAGUACUUCAGCUUCAAGAUGUUGGGGGUUCAAAUACAUUCAUACAGGUUUCUGAGGGCAACUUUGCCCCAUUGGUACAGUUUGGAGACCAGUCACAGGGCAUGUACAUCACUGACAGCUCAGGCAUUCCCCAAAGUAUUCAGAUUCUUGAUGGAUCAGUGCCCAUUAUCCAGGGCCCAGAUGGCACUUCCAUUAUACAGCUGGCGGCCCCUUCUCAGUUUGUGUCGGGAGCAGGGAUGGAGGGUCUUACACAGGUGGUUCAGUUUGCCGGAGGCCAGAUAGCCCUCAUAGAACACCAAGAAAACAUCGACCCACAGAAUGUUCAGUUUGUUCUUGAACAAGUUCCAGUCCAACAGACUGCUACAGAUGCUGGGGACGGGGAAAUGCAGCAACAACAACAGCAGCUGAUGAGCACAGCCGCACCAAUGCCUGCCAUGCGAGAUCAAGAAGAUCUGAAACCACCUAUUGGAAAGGGGCCAUACACAUGUGACAUCUGUGAGAAAAAGUGUGAGAAGUGGAACCAGUAUGUCCGCCAUAUCAAGACGCACGAUGAUGACAAACCAUUCAGAUGUUUCCACUGUCCAGCCACCUUCAACAUUGCGGACAAUCUGAAACUCCAUCUAGCAAUACAUGUAGAAGACGGUGCCAAGCCAUCAUGCCCCGAUUGUGGAAAGGAUUUUUCCCGUAUUGCGAGUCUGAAGGCCCACAUAAUGCUGCAUGAGAAGGAGGAAAGUCUCAUGUGUAUUGAAUGUGGGGAUGAGUUUGGUACACAGAGCCACCUUGACCGUCACAUGUUGGAACAUAAGGAGGAGAGAGAGGGAACGAGAGUGUUCUCUUGUAAGCAGUGUAGCGCCCAGUUCUUCUCCCGCGGAGAACUUAAGGAACACACAAAACAACACUUUAAAAUCAGGUCCUCACUAUCCCACCGCACAUACAAGAAGGAGGUGGACAGGACAAGCUUUUCUAACAAGUGUUCACACUGUAAUAAGACAUUCCAGAAACCAAGCCAGCUUCUUAGGCACGUCCGAAUUCACACAGGUGAUCGGCCGUUCAAAUGCCAUGUGUGUUUGAAGGCGUUCAACCAGCGUGGAGCUCUACAGCUGCACAUUAUAGGUCGACACACGGACAGAAAACCCCAUAGAUGUCAGUUUUGUGGCACUGGCUUUGUACAGAAGGGCAACCUUAGAGCACAUAUACAGAGAGUGCAUACACUGACUGAGAAGAAUGAGGAAGAACAGGCUGUGUACACAUGUACGGAGUGCUCGUGUAUGUUCAAGAAACUGGGUAGCCUUAAUGCCCACAUCAGCAGGGUCCAUACUCAGCUGGAUGACGAGGCAGCAAAACUUCUAACAAAGAGGAAAAAGUACAUCUAUGACGAGGAGCCCAACGGUACAGACGAUGUCAUUCAACAGCUGUUGGAGCUAUCAGAGGCUGGAGAAAAGUCAAUAAAACCAGAAGCUACCAGCACUGAAGGAGGCCAGAACGAUGAUCAAGCUGGAGAAGACAUACUGCAACAAGCCCUGGAAAACAGCGGUGUACAGAACACGGACAAGGGUCAAGAUAGUGCAACAUCUGGCCAGGACCUCAAAUCUGGACCAGGGGGAACUCUGUCUCUUAUGAACCUGCGAGACACAGCCACAGGGCUUAUCAAGAAACACUAUGUCAGGAAGUUGGGAAAUGUGAUCUGGCAUCAGUGCGCAUUCUGCCACAAAGAGUUUAAGAAACCAAGCGAUCUGAUACGCCAUUCACGUAUCCACUCCCACGAGAAACCAUACAAAUGUACCCAGUGUUUCCGAGCAUUUGCCGUAAAGAGCACCCUCAACUCACACAUACGGACACACUCUGGAAUCAAGUCUUUCGGCUGUACAGUCUGUGACAAGAACUUUGCCACCCAAGGCAGUCUCAAAGUUCAUCUGAGGCUACACACAGGAAUAAAGCCAUACAAGUGUGGCGAAUGUUCAAAGACGUUCCGCACCCAGGCCCAUCUGAGAGCCCACAUUGCCAGCCACAGCAAAAACUCUGGGGAGAGGGGACCUGUGAGGAUGAAAAGUGACUCUGCAUUGAAACGUCUGGGAAAGGAAAUGCCUGAUAUACCACUGCAGGAACCCAUACUCAUCACUGAUACAGGCCUGAUUCAACAGCCACCGCGUAGUUCCAUGUUCAACCAGUACCUUGGAGAAUCUAGCAGUGUUGAUCGGCCGUACAAAUGUAGCUACUGUCAGAGAGGGUUUAAGAAAUCGAGUCAUCUGAAACAGCACAUACGCUCACACACAGGAGAGAAGCCGUAUAAGUGUAUGCUUUGUUCGCGCUCCUUUGUCUCGAAUGGCGUCUUAAAGGCCCACAUCCGAAUCCACUCGGGACAGAAGACAUUCAAGUGUCUACUGUGUGACAAUCUCUUCUCCACAAAUGGCAGUCUGAAGCGCCAUAUGUCCACUCACAGUGAUGUUCGCCCAUUCAUGUGUCCGUACUGUCAGAGACAGUUUAAGACUAAUGUUAACUGCAAGAAGCACAUGAGAACACAUAGACACGAGCUAGCCAUGCAGCAUAUGACUGGACCAACACAGAUACAGAGCAUAGAACAAACAGUACAGAACCAUGAGACAGUUAUCACUAACAAUGAGCAAGCCCAGUAUGUGGAGGAGGAAGCUGUGGAUAAUGAACUAAGCCUUGUCCAGCAUGAUCCCAACACCAGUAUGGCCAGUGCAGACCUUGGUCAGUCUACAGUGCUUGGACAGACAGGGCUACAGGACCUCGGACUGACCAGUACCAGCCUUGACCAGCAGAUACUGGGACAACAGAUGUUUGGAGGCCAGGCACAGACGUUCACCCAGAGUCUACUUGGGACAGGACCUGUGACUCUCAAUACUUCCCAUAGCCAGUAUAAUCUACAGAAUCCAGUAGAGGUGACGUUCAGCCAGUCUGUUGAGGAGUCGAUGGAAACUGACCCUGGUCAGGCUACUAUGGGUGAGACCAUGGAUGGCACUGACCAAGACAACGCUGUGGAUGCUGGCCAGAUGAUCAGCUCUGAUAUGCCUAGUACAUCCAUGCAGAACAUUCUGCCUACUGGAGACCUUGCAGAUGAGGAGGAUGAUGAAAACAAUGUUGAUGACAUCCCUACUGAUGAGGAAGUGGAGGACGAGGAGGAUAAUGAGCCAGUGGACGAGGGAGGGGAACAGACAGAGGACUCCCCCUCCCUCCGACCACACCAAUGUGGGUAUUGCGAAAAGGCAUACAAGAAGUCCAGUCACCUCAAACAGCACAUUCGCUCUCAUACAGGGGAGAAGCCCUACAAAUGCAGCCAAUGUGAGAAGACAUUUGUAUCGAUGGGUGUUCUACGUCAACACCUGCGAACCCACACCGGAGUAAAGGAAUACAAGUGUUCCGUCUGUCAAGCCCUCUUUACAACAAACGGUUCUCUAACACGCCAUAUGAAUGUUCAUAUGACAUUGAGGGCCAAGCCGUAUAAAUGCCCAUUCUGCUUGGAGGCAUUCCGCACUGCUCAUCUCUGCAAGAAACAUAUGGAAAAACAUACUAAUGGAGAGGAUGAGGAGGAGGAGACGAUUGUUGCAGGCACUGUGGAGGAAGUCUUGCCACCUCUUCCAAAAGAACCCCUUCUUUCUGGACCAAGACGCAUCCAGAAGUCAAGAGCAAACCUAUUCAAGAGGGCGAAUGUAGCUGAUGUGCUAAACAAUGCAAAUCUAUCUGAGAAAGUAUUGGCAGAGUCAAAUACUGAGAGGGAAAGAGUUAGUGAGCUUAAGGAGCUACAGGUGAUCAAAGGAGAGAAGUUUGCUCACCAGUGUCAACAUUGUCCCAAAAGCUUCAAGAAACCUAGUGACCUUGCCAGGCAUAUUCGCAUACACACGGGAGAGAAGCCAUACUCCUGUGGGAUCUGUGGCAGGCCUUUCACAGUGAAGUCAACUCUGGACAGCCACAUGAAGACUCAUGGAUCAAAUGAGAAGUCAAUAGCCUGUCAUGUAUGUAACUCCAUGUUCAGUACGAAGGGCAGUCUCAAAGUGCACAUGAGAUUACACACUGGCGCCAAGCCAUUCAAAUGUCCGCACUGCAGCCAACGUUUCCGUACCUCUGGACAUAGAAAAUCCCAUGUUCUACAGCACUACAAGCCUGGAACCUCACUGCGUAGAAAGAGACAGAACAUACAGCCAGUUAGUGAGAUUAUGAACACCGAGCAGCCCACAGAGCCAAUUGAUUUCCUCAACCAAGUUCCCGCUGCACAGACUGACCAACAAGCACAGGGACAGGUUCUGCAGCAAGGCCAGAUGCAGAUGGGACAGGUGGUGAAUAUUGACCCGUCCAUGUUACAGGGCAAUAUGAUGCCUCUAUCACUGACCAUCGACAACUUUGGUAACAUCACGGAUGGCUCCAUGGGAAACCAGAUGAUACAGGGUCUUGAAGGUGUACAAAUCCAGCUACCAGGUGGAAAUCUUGCCCAGGGAAUACAAAUUACCGGCCUUGACCCGAACUCAGUAGGGCAGGCAAUACAGAUUGACGCCAAUCUGCUACAGCAAAUACAAGCAGGGCUUAACAUCUCAUUUAAUCCAGGACAGCUACAGGUUGCUGACCCCAACAUGGUCCAGAGCCUAGCAAAUUUGCAGGUGCAACCUAUGAACAUCCAGGACGGGGUGAACCCCAACCUUGUCAUCCAGCCACUAGGGGCCAUGGGGGUAGACCAGGGUGGGGUCCAGAUGCCCCCAGGCUCACAUAUUGGAAUGGUGUCAGAUAUGGGGCAGGGAGGCAAUUUUGUCAUGACAACCAGUGGAAUGGUGGUGGAACAACAGCAGUCAAUGAUACACCAGUCCAGCGUGAUGUCAGUUGGCGGGGAUCAGAUGGGUGGUCAGUCAGUGCAGGCCGCUGGCCCAACACACAUGGAUCACGUUGUAGGAGGUGCCCCAGGAGGUAUGGACCUCCAGGGGUCACUGCAGACCUUCAGACAGGACAUGGAGGGGGAUGGUGGAAGCAUGUCACAGCUGGAUCCCAACAUGAGUUCCGACCAUCUAGGAGACAACAUGGCGGGUCUGUCUAACGCCAUGAUAGGUGGAAACCAUGGUGAGGUGGAAUCAGACAGUGAAGUGGUUGCAGAGGUACUAGAUGAUGCACAGGACGACUCCCACGAAGAUGAUGAUGUCGUACCUGAGACUGUGGGUGAUGACAUCAUUGAUGAGCAUCUACACGACGAGGGAAUGGUGGAUCAGUUGAUGAAGCCACAUAUAGGAGAACAGAUGGUGGUUCAAAACUUUGGAAGGGCCAUUUAUCAGUGUAAUACCUGUGGUCAUCAGUUCAAUGAUGUCAAGAAGCUGAAACAGCAUCAGAAGGUUCAUAUGAGAAAAUCAAGGAUGAACAGAAAUGAGAUGCCCCAAACCAACACUAUAGAAACUCUCGGGGUCUCAGACAACCCUAAUGUGGUACACCUAAGUGGGGAUGUCGUCAUGUCAAACCCUAACAUUGUAUCCCUGCCAGAGGCUACUGUGACUACUUUGUCGGAGCACAGUACCCCUAGCAGGGCCGCAGCAAAACCUGGUAAAGCUUCGGGGUCUGCUAGGAAGUCAGGGGGGCCUCAUGAUUGUCCAUUCUGUGGAAAGACGUUCCAAAAACCCAGUCAGAUGGAGAGACACAGAAGAAUACACACAGGAGAGCGUCCAUUCCGAUGUGACCUGUGUAGCAAAGCCUUCAACCAGAAAAACGCACUACAGAUGCAUCUGAAGAAGCACAAAGGAGAGAAGUCCCACCAGUGUCCUUACUGCAACACUGCGUUUGUACAGAAGGGGAACUUGAACACACACAUCAAGCGAUCCCACUACCUGGAGAUGGUUCGAGCCAUGCAGAAAGGCGGGAUUGGGGAUGGAGACAUUGAGAUACAUUUAGAGUCAGUUGGUGGUGGGGGCGAUAUGGCCCAGGGUGGGGAUGAUGGGGAGGGGGAAAUGGGGGAGGGUCUUGAGUCGGACCAGGGAGCAGGGGAUGGAGCUGAGGUCGUUAAUAAGGACAUCAAUCUUGGACAUGUGGAUGAACUGUUUAAUAAUUAG